ACGUGCCAACAGCGGCUCCAUGCACAACCUGACCAACCUGAGGACAGCCACCCCUCAACUCAACCUCUCCAGGCAUGGAGCCCGUGAAGCACAAUAUAACCCAGAUGAAGGUGUAGUAAAGCUGUAUCUGCGGGGACGACCCCUUAAUCUCUACGUUCCUACAUCUAUUCAAGAAACUUACUCUCCCACCAGCCCUUCAUCCUCACCUCCUGCCAAACUCAAGUUGGAAUGGGUUUAUGGCUAUAGGCAAGUCUAACAAUGCGUGUUGUACUUUGUUUUUUCUAAGUUAUAAAUCACUAUUGUAUUGAAAAUGAUUAUGGUUGGGGGCUCUAGGCCAAUAAAACUUGAUUUGGGUCAAUUGUAAAUUUCAUUCAAGCCAGCAGCAUAUCAUUUAUAAAUUCUAU